GAAAUCAGCUGUCUGUUCCUUGGAAAAUUAAAGCCGUGUUUCAAUUUCCGACUCCAAUUAUAACACUUCAGUAUUUGGCUGCUGACCAAAACAAACUGCGGACUUUCCUGAAAUCAUCACCGGACAUUAAACAAACGAAAUGAAAUGAAAGUCCAUUGAAAUAAAAGUUUUUGUUACACCUCGUAGAAAUGGGCCCGAAUGGGGUUGAUCUCGUGACGUCACAUUUCCUACAUUAUAGACGUCAUGACCUUGAAUUAAAAUAAUAACAAAAAAAUAAUGAUCUUGGUGACUUUUCUCCUAGUUGUACCUUAUCUGUCACUAACUUCCCCCAACAGGUAGUUAUGUCGAAUUUCUGGGACAAGUUCCGCUAAAAAUGGCUUUCAAAUGGCACCGGGCAAUUACCAACUGUUUUUUGGUGCUUUUUUUGAUUUUAAGCCUAAAAUUUUCCUGGAAGUUCUUAGUUUCUGGUACCUCUCAAAACAAGAGUGAACGAACGGUGAUUUUUCCAACUUCUAAUUCAACCGAGCAUUCACUCCCCGUCUUCCCUGAUCUAGUCGUUGAAUAUGUGGGAAGACAGCGUCCGAUGGCACCGUCAGUGGACAUCUACGGGACACCACUUUGUGUGAAAAAGCAAAAAGAUACCUAUUGUGAGAAUAUCGAAAAUUAUCCAGAAAGUGAGAUUCGGUCUGCCAUAACUUAUUCCAAAGAUGAGUUCCAAGAAUUGUUUGGAACGAUGACAAUGUCAGCACGAAGAAUUCCGGGAGAGAUAUACGAAGAUCCUGUGUGUCCUCAGUAUUCUAGAUUUUUCUUCCCCAAAGCAGCGGUCAACGAGAACGACCAAUGGGCAUUCGUGGUCAAUGAUGUUGAUGACUAUGUCCAAGCAGUCAUGUCUGAAAUGUGCGAGCAAGAAGACACGCCCUGUAGAUAUUUGGAUGGAGUUCUGCCCUUUGAGCACAGCUCAAGAUGUCGUCAAAAAUAUGCUUACAAAAGACUUCUUGCUUUGCAUCCCAAUCAGAAGAAAACUUACACAGAUGCUUUUAGGUUCCCAUCCUGUUGUGUGUGUUACGUGAAAAAACCUUCCUUAUCGGCGAGAAAACACGAAAUCCCUGUGGAAGAUAUGUAUCCUAUAAGUCCAACUGAUGUUAGAAGACAAAAAGAAAGAACUAAUAUGAAAUAAGAACUAUUUAAAUGAAAAAUUAUACUCUUUUAAAAAAAAUUGGAACCAUCAUAUCAUUCACAUUUCUGCAGCAAUCUUAUAAAGGUCCAGUUUGAACCAUACGAUGAAGUGUGCUGGUACUGAGACUUUCUGGUACUGAGACACGACAUAAUUUGUUCAUCUUGUACGAAAAUAUGAUUCAUUUUAAAAUCAUAUUAAGGUUAUAGCUACUUUGCACGAUGUUAUGAUUUAAUAUAAGACCAAUUUUUCAGACAGUGUAAAAAAUAAUAUUGUUCUAAUUUGCUUCAACCUUAAUAAGGUGCUAAAUGGAAUUUUUAAUAUAUUACAAAUUACCCCUUCUUGAACUUGAUUAUACGAUAACUUGAUCUAAAAUAUGACUUGAUUUAGAAUCGUAUAAGUUCUGGUAACUUUGCACUAUAGGUUCAAAAUACCAAUAUUCUGCCGAAUUUUCUAUAAGUUUAGAGAAUAAUAUCGAUCAAAUAUGAUUGUUCGAAUUGGCUGCAACGUUAAUAAGGAGCCUAAUUGAACUAUGUUAUCGUGCAAGUUAAUCCUUCCGGGAUCUAAAUGCACGCCAUAAAGGUUUGUUUUAAACUAAUAUAUGGUUACAUUUAAGAUCGUAUUUAGGUUGCAGAAAUUUUGCACAAUAUUAUAGUAGAAGAUUUCUAAGAAUUCUUGUCAUAUAAAAGCAGAGCUUUAAGGUCUGUUCUAAAAUAAAUAUACCUCGAUCUCAAAGAUAUUAUUUUUUUGAUAAAAAUUUUACAGAAUCAUCAUGUAUUUUAAGUUUAAUUAAUGGGUGGCAAGUGUGAAGACAAUUGUUUUGUUGGUAAUAUGCUUUUUAAAGGCAGUUUUUGAUAUUUUGUAUUUUAAUACUUAAAUACUAAGCACAUUUUAUGGUUUGUCAAAUAAAGCAACAACAAAAAAAAUCCGAUUGAAUUUUCCUUAGUAAUAUAUAAAUGGACUUCAUGUUAUCAAUAUGUAAGGUAAUAUUGAAUAAAAGAAAUCUGAUUCAGGCAA